AUACCAAGACCUCGUCGUCGCACCUCACGACGCCUUCAUCUGCCUUCUCGUGGUGGUUCUUCAUGAGUUCUUAAUAACUGCCACAGUCCCUUCCCCUCACUGAUCCUAUUCUUGGGUGGUGCCUUGCGACUUGCCACACUAGCCUAAAACUCUUAGCGUCAGCUUGCGCGGUCUUGCUGCGGCUGUGCGAACAUCGAACACUGAACACUCACUCAGUCAGACACUCACUCUCGUUGAACACUCUCCUCUCCUUCGACCUUUCCAAUUCAGAGGCGCUCCGGUACGGAGUAUCGACGAGAAUACCAUCAACCCAGGACAGAGACAUAAUUGACGACCGGAGCGAAAGUUGGAGUGGGCGACAAUCGACCCUUCGCCACAUCACCCUCGAGCCGAUACCAUGGCCGACUCUUCGCGAUACGGAGCGUCGCAGAACCCAGAAUACGACGAAAGAUGGGCAAAGGACUUGAGAGAACAAUUCGAAGGCUUAUUACGGGUAAAGCGACUCAAUGAACUCGAUCGCUCACGAACAUCAUCGCCCUCACCUCGAGAACGUUCCUCCUCCAACAACCUUCGAGGGUCUCCUUCAAUCAACCCCCCUCAAUCCCCUGGAUACCGACCGUCAACAUCCAGUGGCUCACAAUCAGGACCAACACCUCCUUCAUACGCUUCAUUACGGAAUCUGCCAAAGAUACCCGCUCCACCCACCGAUGCGCAAUCACAAAAGUUUCGAAACUUAUUAAUCUCCUUAUCACUGACACCAACGAAAUAUGAGAAUCCAGGCCUUUUAGAUGAAGCAUUACAAGUAAUCCCACUGGACCGAAUCUACGGAGAGGCCGAGGAAGAAAGCCAAGUGCUCCAGGCACAGGCAGAGAGUAUGGGAGAUGGAAGAAAACCAGAAUGGGGAUACCAGGACUGCGUCAUCCGCGCCUUACUGAGAUGGUUUAAGCGAACGUUCUUCUCAUGGGUCAAUAACCCUCCAUGUUCGGUCUGCCUUUCACCAACUAUCGCACAAGGAAUGACACCUCCAACACCUGAAGAAUCAGCUUAUGGGGCUCUUCGAGUGGAACUUUACCGAUGCUCAGGGAACGACUGUGGAGCCUACGAACGAUUUCCACGAUACGGCGAUGUGUGGCGUCUACUCCAGACACGAAAGGGACGAUGUGGAGAAUGGGCCAAUGCUUUCAGCAUGUUGUGCAGAGCUGUUGGUGGUCGUGUAAGAUGGGUUUGGAACGCCGAGGACCAUGUCUGGACCGAAGUUUACUCCGAAAUGCAGAAGCGAUGGGUCCAUGUGGAUGCCUGCGAGGAAGCCUGGGAUAAUCCACGACUGUACUCUGAUGGAUGGGGAAAGAAGAUGUCAUACUGCAUCGCUUUCUCGAUGGACGGUGCGACAGAUGUCACUCGACGAUAUGUGCGCAAGACUGAUCAUGCUCUUGAGCGUAAUCGUUGUCCUGAGGAGGUAAUGCUCUACAUUCAAAACGAAAUUCGUAAUCUUCGACGAUCCAACAUGGCCAAGGAUGAACGAUUCCGCCUAGAGAAAGAGGAUGCUCGGGAGGACAAGGAAUUACGUGGCUAUGUUGUUGCUUCGAUUGCUCAAUCGGUUGUCUCCAACCUUCGACCUGGUGAGCCAUCAAUGAGCAGCGCUCGUCCACGAACACCGGAAGAUCAGAAACUGCCUGCUGAGCAGCCUGCCGGUAGACAGAGCGGUACACAGGAAUGGAUCAAUGCCAGAGGUGAGAACGGUCGUCGCCAACAACCUCCAAGAGAUCCAUCACAACGUGGACAUUGAAAGACUUCCUUGUGAGCAUUUGCACUUCACAUAUGAAACAACACCAACGCGAGGCUGAAGGCAAGCCGGAGGAUAAAUCUUCGAGCCAGCAACGGUAAUGCGACCAUCGCACCGAUCCCAGCGCCGAGUAUCAUACUCAUGCUUGCCUACAUGUCGGCCACGACAACCUCCCGAUUUUCUAACCAAGCGACAAUCUGGUCGCUUAUAACAAAAACACCUUCCGCCUUCGGGCGUGUACGCUAUAGAAUGCGGCUGCAUUCACCGGGAUUUACUUUGUCACGGCGUUCAGGGAGAUAUCAUAAUUUUAUUUGUCAAACAUAUCAA